UUUGGGGAGUUAAGCUGGUUGGUUAGCACCUGAGUACUAUUGACAUUUAGGUCCACGGGUACCUACCUACCUAGUGGCUAGCAAAGGUUCAGCCAGUAAAUAAUCGGCUCUCUUUAAAGAGAAUUGGAAGACAUGCAUUUACUACUAUGUGUGAUGAAGUAGAAAUAGAAUCUGCGUGUCCCUAAAAAGGUCUAGGCAAAGAUUGAUCUUGGCAUUAUCACCUUCUAUUCUCGGCUGAUUUGCCGUGCAAUCGUUAUCAGCACCCAGCCCGGAUAUCGUGCAAUUUGCCCGCGAUCCCUGGAAUGCAUAUAUCCAAGGCAAGGGUCGUAUCGCGCAUGUCAGGGGAAAUGUCGUGCUCGAGGUGGAAUCGGUAUCCUAUUUCUUUCGAACGUACGACUCGUCACCGUCUGCGUUCUAGGAACCUGAUUGAGCAAUUGAGGAAUCAAUGUCGAUCUCAAACCUCAUGAGCGACCGCGUGCGCGCCAUGUUUACGAAAUGGGUACUGCUGGUUACUCUCCUCGUUGGGUUGUCCGUGGCACAUCCCGACGCGAGAUAUCCACCGCAAAAGAUCGUUGAAAGGGAUGCAAAGGUAGCGCGCAGUCCUUUUGCCAAAUUCAAAGAUCUCGUAGCCGGCGAAGUAGGUGUCUCAUCGACUAACGACGCGCCUGCUGCGACGACCACGCCGUUGGAAUGCUUCCAAGUUGCCCAACCAGUGUUGACACCCCAAGGAGCUCUGUUCCGCGACGGCGCCGCGAUCACUGGAGAUGGAAUCUCGGUUUCAACUGAAGAUGAGGUUGCCCACACGGUAGUGUUAAUGGUGCAUUCGUUCGCGAAUAGUUAUGGUGCUCCCUUCGUUGCCAAUUACACCCCUCCAGACUACGAUUUCGACCACGUCGUUAUCAACUUCACCGUGGAGGUAAAGGGACGACAGUAUGAUCGAACGGGCAUUUUUUACCUCACUGACACCGAAGUGUGGAGAACGUCAACUGCCGAGCCCACCUCGUACGGCAUUCGUUGGACCUGGCUCAAAGAUCUAACUCCAUUCUUGUCCCUCUGGAAGGAGCCGCAAACUUUGAUUUUCGACCUUGAAAGCAUUGUAGAUGAUACUUACACGGGCAUUCUUAACACGACGCUCACAGCAACUUAUUGGAAGUCUUCUUCGGUCGCGGCUAGCGGUCGAGGUCCCGCCGACCUGAUCAUCCCUAUCUCCGAACGCACGGGCUCUGAGGGGCAGCCAAGCCAGUUUACCUACCCGGAGCAGAAUGCGACUAAUACGGUCAGCUUCCCUCGGAAUGCAAACCGCGCCGUAUUUACCGUAGAUGUUAAAGGCCAGGGCGACGAGGAAUUUUGGUGGAGUAACGUGCCGCAGAGCGCGAUAAACACGUUCGAUGCCGAAUACGGCGUGUACCCCGGUUACUCACCAUUCCGCGAAGUCCAGGUCCUAAUCGAUGGCCAGCUUGCCGGAGUGGACUGGCCAUUCCCCGUCAUAUACACGGGUGGUGUGGUCCCUCAACUGCACCGGCCAGUUGUCGGAAUUCAAGCUUUUGACAUCAGGGAGCACGAGAUCGACAUUACCCCUUGGCUACCGCUUCUCUCCGACGGAAACAAUCACACCUUUACGAUUCAGGUCCUCGGUCUAGAUGACGACGGGGUAUCCAGCGCGACGCUCUCCUCAACCACGGACAGCUCAUGGUACAUCACGGGCAAAAUCUUCGUUUGGCUCGAUGACGCAGACUCCAUCACGACCGGGACGCUAGGCAACUCAACCGCCAGCGAGCCCAGCAUCUCCUUCUCUCAACAGAUCACGCAAAACUCCACCGGCUUCAACGAAACCCUCGACUACACACUAGCCGUAACACGCACGUUCUCCAUCAGCUCGUACGUCAAGACGCAGAACGGCGAGGGCACGGCGACGUGGACGCAGUCCCUCUCGUACUCGAACAACGGCGGCGUCUACGCCUACGGGUUCGAUAACGUUAACACGUUCGGGAUCUCGGGCGCCGACGCGGCCACAGGCGCGGGGCUCGACUAUAACUACUCGGCUAGCUACAGCUACCCGCUGUACUGCAGCAGCUCGGCGGCGUAUUCGCCCGAGGGCAACUUGACGCUACGCGCUGAUCUCAACCAAAGUUUAGUCCACGAAGUCCGGGGCGAUUCUGUGUUCCCCUCCGGCCUUGAGGCGUUCGCGGGAAUUGACGCUACGGAUAUAUCGCAGUUCUCCGGCGCGGUGCUGAGCACCUGGAAGAACGGGUCGGCGUUAUACGAGGCGGCGGCUGAUAACAGCUACAGCACGGGCGUUGGUUCGGCGCACCAGGUAUUCUCUUUUGGAGGAGUGAAUGGCGAUGAUGAUGAGGCGACGCCACAUAGCACGGAGCUGUACUUCCGAGAGGUUAGUGCGUAUAAUGAUACGGUCACUAACAACUCCGUGCUGUUGUUGGGGAAGGCCGUACAAUAGAGCUGGCCUAGAGUAUGACGUUGGUGUCAUUUUUUAGGAUUGGUAAUGUGAAUAUGGAUAUGAACUGAAUUAUAUGCAAGCGGAUUUAAUAUACAUACAUAUAUAUUUCUUCAUGGAAAAUUGAUGUAAUAUUUUAUUCCCUAAA